AUGGCAAACGACGAAGCAAAACUCAACAUAAAAUUAACUCAACUAAAGUUAUCUGCUCAAAGAACAGCUAAAAUAUUAGAUUCGGGAAAGCGAGAAACUAUCGAACGACAACUGAACGCACUCAAAACAACUAUAAACGAAGCUGACAAUUUUAAAAGAGCUGUAGAAGCAGCGAAAAUCGAAAGAGAAGACGACCUUGAAGAAAUCAGCGAUUGGAAUGCGGAAAUCGAAACAAAAAUAAGCGAAGCCGAAGACGAAAUAAACAAGCUACAACACUGGCUGAUCAAUAGGAAAUUAGAAGAGGAAAAUCACGCUCGCGAGGAGCAACUUAGAUUUGAAGUAAAGCUUCAAGAAACAAAGGCUCAAGUAAAUGCAAAAAUCCAAAAUUCAAAGUCCGGGGACUCAAAAAUAAGUGAUGAAGGUAUGUCGGUGAGAUUGCCAAAAAUAAAUAUUACGAAAUUUGAGGGGGAAUACAUGGAUUGGCCCAGAUUUUGGGGGCAAUUCACGGAGACGGUGGACAAGUCAAAUAUAGCUGCCAUCAACAAAUUCACAUAUCUGUGUGGUUUCCUUGGGCCCAAAGUUAAGCGACGAGUAGAAUCAUUACCCUUUACCACCGAAGGAUACAAUAGAGCGAAGUCAAUUUUAAAAGAUCAGUAUGGGAAGAAUUCGGAAAUUAUAAAAGCUUACAUAAAAGAGAUCAUGGACUUGCCUCAUAUCUCUGGAGCAAACCCGAGAAAGAUUGCCGAAUUUAGUGAGAAGUUAAAUCACAGUGUCCAAGCUUUGGAAACGCUGGGUAAACUGAAGGAUGUCCAAGGAAAUGUUUCCAUGACUCUAGACAAACUCCCAGCCAUACAUGGGGACCUUGUUAGAAAUGAUCCAGAAUGGGAAAGUUGGGACUUUUCCAAGCUUACUGAAGCAGUCAGACAGUGGACCAGGCGAAAUCCAGUCUGUGAGAAAGAGUCAGACACACCUGGAUGGAAAUCUAGAAGGUCAGAGAAAGUCUUUCAUACUAAAGAAAAGGGGAUGUGCGUCUACUGUGAAGGAAAUCAUAAAUCGGGGGAAUGUAAAGUAAUCAGUACUGUCAAGGAGAGAAGAGCAAUUUUAGUCAAAAAGAAACUUUGUUUCAACUGCACAGCAGGACAGCAUCAUGCUAACGCUUGCCCCAGCAAGUCAUCAUGUAGAAAUUGCCACAAACGACACCAUACGAGCAUAUGUGAUGUCACCAAUCGAGAAGAACCACCAAAAACAGGUCAGACUGUGUUGACUACAGAUGGAUGUACUGGUGAAGGAAUUUUCCCCAUUCUUGUUGUCAAGAUAAAUGGAAUUACAUGUCGUGCAUUGAUCGACUCAGGGGCUGGAAGCUCAUACAUAUCUGGUAAACUUGCAUCUAUGCUGAGGGUGAAACCAAUUGAGACACAAACCACUAAAGUUGACAUGCUUCUAACAUCAAAACAACAAGACUGGAAAUCUAUGAAGGGGAAGUUGAAGCAAUAG